ACGAUCUGCCGAUUUUGCUGCCCACCGAUCUCUUGGUUCCUGAAUCUGGUAGCCUUAAACUCCAGUUGUCUUGCAUGCGUCACAAAUGGAAACGACGGUCCUGUUUCUGUUUUUGGCUUCUGGGGAUAUGGAUGUGCUUAUGUCUCGCGUUACUUCUGCCAUUUUGAGGGAUUUUUAUCAAGCGACAUUGAAAGCGCACCUGCCGUGGGUCGGGUGGCAGGUGUACAUGUAUUGAGGUUUGUUGGCACUGCACGAAUAGUGGUCAUGUUUUAAUUGGUUUCGUGGUAGUCAGUGCCCAGCCGACAGCAAAUCAUCCGCUGCGUUGGACGUCUUCGUGACAUGGCUGGGUAAUGACCUGGCAUCAUGUUAAGGAAGCACAAAGACUCAACCAUCACUGAGGGAGUGAGCGGAACAUAUGUCAAGCGGGAGGCACCUCCAGAACUUUCAAUCGUCAAUGUGUGGACGCAGCAACCUAAGCCUCCCAAGAAUGAUUGGAAGAAGAAAAUGUCGCUUUCUUCUAGCCAGCCGCCGGGCUCAUCUGGCAGCAUCGUGCCUCGUGGUGUGGCGCGCGGUAGCCAGGCGCGCGUCUCCACCGGUCACGAGGGCACCUACACGCCGCACUCGGCGGCCGGGCCUGGCGCGCUGGCCUCGCCGGCUGGCGCCAGCCCGCGGCCGGGCGGCCUGCGCGCCGCCGUCGCCGCCCACUCACCGCACGGCUCCCAGCUGAACCACGCCGGCCACGUGCAGCACCACCCGGCCGAUCUCACCUCCAGGAUCGGUAACCAGAGCUUGCGUGAGAAGCGCUCGUCGGCGGCGCAGCACCACUGGGGCAUGCGUCAGGCCAUGAGCCACACCUACAUCAACUACUACGCCGGCUCCGACUGUCACCUGGACCGGCUCAAGGAGUCGCCCGGCGGGCACGCGUCGCCGCACGGCGCGCGCAAGCCCUCCCGCCAGCAGUACUACCCCGCCGACACGCCGCUACCGCCGCCGACGGCCGCCGGCGAGCCGCCGCCGGAGCCCGUAUACCAGAACCUGGAGGAGUACCGCCAGCUGCUGCAGCGGCACCGCGAGCAGCAGCAGCACCACCACCACCACCAGGAGGAGGAGGAGCAGCAGUUGCAGCAGCAUCAGAAAAAGAAACAGAAGCAGAAGCAUCAACAACAGCAACAACAAAAACAACAACAGCACCAGCAGCAGCAGCAGCAGCAUAUUCUCCAGCAGCGACUUCAGUACAUCAGCACCUACUCCAGCAGCACACCACAGCAACAACAGCAACAGCAACAACAAGCGAUGUACACAUUCGGCGGCGCGGAACUGCUGGCAAGCGGCCCGGCGCAGGCGGCCGCGCCACAGGGCUGCCUCACGCCGCAGCCGCUGGCCGUCCAGGCGCCCGAGCUGGACCUGCCUCUGCCGCCGGGCUGGUCGGUGGACUACACGCGCGACGGUCGCCACUACUACAUCGACCACAACACCAAGACCACGCACUGGUCGCACCCGCUGGAGAAGGAGGGCCUGCCCACCGGUUGGCAGCGGGUCGACUCGGCGGAGUACGGCACCUACUACGUCAACUACAUCACACAGCACACGCAGUACGAGCACCCGUCGGCACCGCGCUACUGCGCCGAGCCGCUGCACGCCGAGACGCGCCAUCAGCCGCAGCUGCCCGUGCCGCAGCGGCCGUCCACGCAGCUGUCGCACUCGCUCGUGCCGGCCAGUCCCUACCUGCUCGAGGAGAUUCCGCACUGGCUCAAGGUGUACAGCCAGGCAUCGCCGGAGCACGACCACAAGCUCGAGUGGGACCUGUUCCGGCUCAGCGAGCUCUCCUGCUUCGACGCCAUGAUCAUGCGGCUGCACAAACUGGAGCUGGAGGCCAUCGUGAUGAAAUACGAGGCGCGCAGGAUGGAGCUGGCUCGAGAGAUGGAACAGCGGCAGCUGGCGGCGGCGGCCGAGCAGCCGGGUCCGGCAUCGGUCGCGCUUCAGCCCGCCCCCAGUGCCAGCGCCAGUGUCAGCUCCAGCUCCAGCGUCAGUGCCACGCGCAGUGCCGAGCUGAUCAAGCGCCAGCUGCUCGAGUCGGACGAGGCGCCCGAGAGCAAGGUGUGACGCCCGGGUCGUGCUUAGGCCGGGGCUUGUGACCAGCGCCAGCGCCCGGGGCAGUGUGUGUGCCAGCGCCGCGGUGGCGGCGCACUGGCGUGGGGAGGUGCGCAGCUACCGUAGUGCCUUUGUCCGGAGCCGCCGCCGUCGGCCGACUCGGCCAGUGCCACGGAAGAGCGCCCAGGGUGGGCGAGCUCGUCCGCGGGCGCGGUCCUGCGCUCCGAUGGGCGCCUUCCCUCCCCCCCCCCCCCCCCUGGCCAUUCAACUGCCUCUAACCGGCUGCCAAAUCUGUAAACAUUGCUUCCGUGCCUGAGUUACGGUGUCUUCCUGUCGGAGCGGCGGGGUGGCGGGGGUCGCCUACCAUGGUUGUGGCCUUGUAACCCGGCGAUCGCCGCGCCGGCCGUUUUACGCCAUUGAACUGCCGUGUCGAGCCUUACGAAUGGUUGUGCGCCGCUCUUGACGGCCGGACCGGGGACGCGCGUCUCCGGCCGCGUGGCCGCCAAUGCGCGGCGGAGUUUUGCGAGCGCGGGCAGAGCUUUGGUGGCAUUAAUGGGUGAUCGUGGAGGGAGAUGACCAAUCGCGAGGACCACGUGUUUGUGCCGGGAUGUCCGCGGCGCGGACCUGACGCCGCUGCCGUCGGCCGCCCCUCCUGCUGCGUCGCGCCUUGCUCGCCGGCUCCAGGCGGACGGGGCGAGUUCGCUGUGACGUCACGAGGGUGUGCCGCGGCGCGCGGUGGACUCGUCGCCAACCUGCGGUCGUGCGUGAAGCUCGGAGUCCACGGGAGUUGGACGGAUGUGGACAGGGCGUCAGAUCCAGUCUUUCAGUAUGAAUCGCCGCCCGUGCAAAUAGUGUUUUAGAUAAGUGUAGUUUAAUGAUAACACUUGUGAUAUACUUGUGAUUUAUGGGAAUAGACGGAAUGCUUUUAAUGUG